AUGGCGAUGACACCUCCUGGAAGUGAUUCGGCAGGCGAGAUGAAGACGCUUCGAUCGGAUUUCCUGUGGGUAGGCUCAAGCAGUGGCGCCUCGGAUCCUACCACCACCGGUUACGAAAAAGCGGUACGGAGUCAUGUCCAACGGUGGUCAAAGACGCAUACUGGCCCAACGAGGCUGCGCAGUAGUCCUUUGAUCAACAGAAAAAGGAAAGCCGCCCCGAAGGUCCAGUUUGCGCAACCUUUGGCCGGCAGAACCCUUCCCAAACCCCAGGAUUCACCAUCACGCACACAUUGUUCCGUCCAGUUUGCGACGACGCCGAUGACGCCUCCUUCUAGCCAUGAUACUCCGAUCGAACAAGAGGAUCUAGAUGCAUUGCAGGUGAAGAACAACAGUGCGACAGAAGCUGACUCCCCGGCAGGAGCGCAGCCUGAGGAUCAACAUCCCUCGCGAAGCGACGUAAUUGUCCACGAUAAGAAUGCCUCACCCAAAAUCGAAGGCACCAUUGUCCCCGCCACAUGGGGAGAUGACCAACGACGGCGGCAGACCAUUCAGUUUCCCAUCCAGCAAACUGUGCGACUCUGGCAUUCGAUCGCACCUUCAUUGUCCGCGCCCCUCGACUCAGACAGGUUAGAGAAAAUGGUUCGAUGCCACCACCUGACCUUCUCUGCCGUCUGCUCGGUGAAGAAGGCUGCACCCGCUCGAGAGUCACAGGUGGAAGCACUGAGAUUCGAGCUGUUGAUGAAGAAAGGUUGCAGAGCUUUGGAAGCAGGCAGAUUGAAAGAGGCCUUCCAGCUGUUUGACGAGGCAUUUUCCUGGCUGAAGCCAGUUUUGAUCUUACAAAACAUCCGUGGACAGCCGACGUUGUGCCGUCUGAUUGCUCAAUUCUCUGGACCGCUCUUUACGCCCAUCUGGCGACGGGUAUUCCAGUAUAUCAUCGAGCUCGCAGAAGUGUUGAUGAGUCCCGGAAACCCCUUCGGACAGAGUGCGGAUUUGUUUAUCCGAUCUCCCGUCCCGUUGAUCGACGCGUCAGAAAUGGUCCUUCGGUGUAUCCUCGACGUGGUGCAGAUGCAACUGGGACCAUUGCAUCCAGAUGCCCUGGAUUCUCUGGAAUGCUUGGCUUGGUCUUUGUUCGAAAGGGGUCGUGGGCAGGAGGCUCUCACCCGCUUCACCGAGCUGCUACAGAAACAAGAAGCCGCCAGGGGACCUAUGUCUCCAGAGGCCUGCGAUGCCCUCCGUGGACUUGCCGAGACGCAUAUGCGGCUGGGCGAACCGGACGUGGCUGAGCAGUUGUUUGAUGAGGUACUUGGCUGGCGAAGCACGGGACCGGAUCAGGAGCGUCCACAGGUGUCCGCUGUCAGGGUCAAGUGCUUACUCUCAAUGUCUCGUCUGGCCCAGCGACGGCAGAAUCCAUUUCGUGCUCGCUGGCUGCUGCAGCAAGCAGCUCAAACAGCUUCCUUGGCAUAUAACGAAGGUGGCCUGACGGCUACAGAUGUUUGCUUCAAUGUGAAACCCCCAGAAUUCGAUCCACUGGACGAAGUAAGAGAAGAAGUCCAGAGGUUGUUGGGCGCUGUGGAGUCUUGGUCGAUUGAUUAA